CUGAGAUAAGAAUAUUCUCCUUUCGAUUACGAACUCUCGUUUCAACAUUUAGUUAAUUCCCAUAUAAUCAUAUCAAUAAUUUAUUCAGAAACUCCAGUGAACUCAUCAACGUGCAGUCGCAGCAAUGAAGUUUAUUUGUGUGACUCUGCUGAUUAUUAGUGGAAUUACAGAUUCAAGAUCAGAGCAGUAUGAAGUAGUGGGACCUACAGAUCCUGUAUUUGCUGUAGCUGGUGAAGAUGUGAUUCUGCCCUGUUCAGUCAAACCCAACAUCAGUGUUGUGGACAUGAGAGUGGAGUGGUUUAGACUUGAUCUGAAAGACUCACAAGUGCAUCUUUAUGAUGAUCAUGAAGACAGAAACACAGAUCAGAUUCAGUCCUACAUAGGGAGAACAGAACUGAAUCAUCAAGAACUACAGAGUGGAGAUGCAUCACUCAAACUCUCAUCAGUCCGAGUCUCUGAUGAAGGACUUUAUAAGUGUUUUAUUCAGUCCAAAUCCUGGUUUGAUGAUGCCACUGUUAAUGUCAAUGUUGAAG